AUGCCUCCCAGAAAGCGUGCACCAGCCGCGUCUAAGGCCACCACGACCAGCACUAAGGAUGUUGUCACUACCAAAAAGACCACAGCGACUGCAACUAAGAAGUCGGCAACAAGUACAAGCAAGGCUAGCGAAAAGAAAGGCACUGUGAAAGCAGCGGCAACUACGAAAAGCACUAAGGAGAACACUACUUCUGCGAAGCCGCGCAAGACGAAAGCUCCAGUCGCAGCUAAAAAGCGCAAAGCCGAAGACAUAAGCGAAGAACAUCCUCACGAGCCUAAGAAGGCGCGUGUCACUCAGGCUCGCGCUCCAAAACCGAAGCCGAAGGUUGUAAUCAACCAAGCACCAACAACCAGAUUGAACGUUUAUGUCUUCGGUGAGGGUAGUUCUGGUGAGCUUGGUCUCGGGGCUACUAAAAAUGCGAUUGACGUGAAGAGGCCCCGUCUUAAUCCUCUUCUUCCGGCGGAUAAAAUCGGCGUCGUGCAUAUCGCUGUUGGUGGAAUGCACUGUCUCGCGCUUACUCACGACAACAAAAUUCUGACGUGGGGUGUGAAUGACCAGGGUGCCCUUGGAAGAGAUACUACCUGGGAAGGAGGAUAUAGAGAUAUUGACGACACCAAGAGUGGUUCCGACUCGGAUGACGAAAGUGACAGUGGUCUUAACCCUUACGAGUCAACCCCUACCGCCAUUCCAACCGAUUCAUUUCCUGAAGGGACUGUCUUCGUUGAGGUUGCUGCUGGCGACAGCGCGAGCUUUGCUCUUACUGAUGAUGGCCAAGUUUACGGCUGGGGAACCUUCAGAAGUAAUGAUGGCAUACUGGGUUUCAAUUCUUCUACCAGAGUUCAGCCGACUCCGAUUCUCAUCCCUUAUCUCAAGAAGAUUAAGCACUUGGCUUGUGGUGCCAAUCAUGUUCUGGCUUUAAGUGAGACGGGCGCUGUUUUCUCUUGGGGUUCUGGUCAGCAGAAUCAAUUGGGCCGUCGUAUCAUCGAACGUAACAGGUUGAAUGGUCUUCAGCCUCGGGAAUUCGGCCUCCCCAAGAACAUCGUACAUAUCGGUUGCGGUUCUUACCAUUCUUUCGCUGUCCACGAUUCCGGAAAGGUUUACUCCUGGGGCCUGAAUAGCUUUGGUGAGGCGGGCGUUCGAGAAGGCGCUGGUGAUAAUGAGGCUGCUAUAGUGCAUCCUACCCUCGUGGAAUCACUUUCGGGCAAAAAUGUUACUCAAAUUUGCGGUGGUAGCCAUCAUUCCCUUGCGCUGACUAGCGAUGGCCAAUGUCUUGUGUGGGGGCGUUUGGAUGCCUACCAAACCGGUUUGAAGAUUGACAGUCUCCCAGAAUCUGCUGUCAUCAAAGACGAUCGCGGACGCCCGAGAAUUCUGAUUGAGCCCACUCCCAUUCCGGGUAUCAAUGCCAGUAUGGUCGCCUGUGGCUCCGACCAUUCUAUCGCUAUUGACAGCGAUGGCCGUGCGUGGUCUUGGGGAUUUUCCGCUACCUAUCAAACGGGUCAGGGCACUCAGGAUGAUAUUGAAGUGGCUACUGUCAUCGAAAAUACCGCGGUUCGUGGAAAGAAGUUGAACUGGGCUGGUGCAGGUGGACAGUUCUCUGUCUUGACUGAGCCUAUCACCUUGUGA